AUAACAUUACAGGAUAGAUCAAGAGGAGGAAGAGAUUUCUGAAAUCAAAAUGUCGAUCAGUUUUGUAAAACAUCGAGAUGCCUUGAUGAAAGCAUACAAGGACGUCUGUAGUGACAAAUCAUCCACAGACUGGGCUGUUUUUGGCUACGAAGGAAAAACAUAUGACUUGAAGGUAGAUGACACGGGAGAGGAUGGCAUUGAGGAGAUGGCAGAUACCAUGAACUGCGCCAAGAUCCAGUAUUGCUUCUUGAGGGUCAUUGACCCUAACAGCAAUCUACAUAAGAAUGUACUCAUCAACUGGAUCGGUGAUGGAGCCCCCGUUUCCAAGAAGGGAACCUGUGCAAGACAUGUCCAAGAUGUCGCCAACUUAUUCAGGGGAGCCCACGUGACCGUAAAUGCUCGCUCAGAAGAUGACAUCGACGAGGAUAGCAUCUUAAAACUGGUGGCCAAAUCUUCCGGCUCCAACUAUGGCUUCCACAAGGAGAAGCCAACGGGAGAUGUUGGGCAGACAGGACCAGUGGGAUCCGUCUACAAGAAGACCAACGCAGCCAUGGAAAUCAAGUCAAAGAGGAGUGAUAAAUUCUGGCAAGAUACAGAGAGUGAUGAGAAGAACCGUGUCAAGCAAGAGACGGCCAAGAAACAGCAAGAACGUGACAUCAUUGAUAAGGAGAGAGUGGAGAGAGAAAAGAGGGAAGGCGCUGAACGCGAGAAAAGAAUGGCGGAGAAAAUGAAAGAUGUUGAGGGUAGAAAGAGACAAGAACAGAGAUCACAUGAAGAAGCUGUCAAGGCAGAACAGUCAAGAUGGGAAAACAAACAGGAAUCAGAUGCGGCUCCUACACGAAGGACAGGGCAAUCAGAGGAGAGGAAAAAGGAAAUGGCAGCAAUGAUAUCUCAGAGGAAGCAGAGCUCUUCAGAGCCGGUCACAGAAGACCAGGAAGCCCCACCCCCAGUAUCACGUGCUCCCGCCGUCAGACCUCCUGCUGCCAGACCUCCCAUGCCUGUCCCUGAGCCAGAACCAGAACGGGAACCGGAACCAGAACCAGUAUGGGAACCAGAACCAGAACCGGAACAUGAGCCGGAACCUGUAUACGAACAGGAACCAGAACCAGAACCAGCAUACGAGCCCGAGCCAGAACCUUAUUCAGAUCCGUAUCAAGACCAGGUUCAGACCGAGCAGGAUCAGUACCAACCAGAAGCCCAGUCGGACCCAUACCAGGACCAGACGCCAGCCCAGGAUCCUUACCCAGAGGAACCUGAACAAGAACUUUAUGAAAACCAAGAAGCAUUGCAGGGCCAGGACCAGGACCAGGGCAUGACAGCGAGGGCUCUCUACGACUACCAGGCCGAGGAUGAUACAGAGGUGACCUUUGACCCCGGUGACAUCAUCACGCAGAUUGAGCAGAUCGAUGAAGGGUGGUGGAGGGGGCAGGCCCCCAGUGGCGAGUUUGGUCUUUUCCCAGCAAACUACGUGGAGCUCAUCUGAGGAUGGUCCUAGAGGUCCUGUUUCACAAAGCCCUUUCUUAAUGACAAAUGACAAGAAUCAGUGACAAAUCUGCUAUGACCAAUCAGAAGCAAGGAUUUCAGUAGCUUAUAACAAAAACUGUCAUUUGUCACUGAUGAUUAGUUCUGUGAAACACCCCCUGGAGAGGUCCAUCUGUGUGUCUUGAGGAUCGUUGAUACAGCCUGAUGGCUAUGAACUAUGGUGGGGUCUGAAAGCUUUGAUUAAUGGCUUCCCUUUUAUAUAUCAUUUUAUAUAGAUUUUUAUAUGAGUCAUGAAUUUUGUCAUUCAAGCAUUUACGUAAGUGUGGUGAGUGUUGUCUCGUCCCAGUUCAUUGGUCCACCUCUCGCAGAAACUUGAGUAAAUAUAAGGAUGAGGUUGUAAUAUAAUGGAUUCAGCCUUGAACUUCUGGUCACGAAAAAUAUAUUAUCUUAAGUUUUAUCCUUGCCUCACCCCCUUUUAAGAUUUAAAAUUAGCACUGUUGGUAGAGAGGUAAAGCUAGAUUUCUAUGUGAGUAAUGUGUAUGAGAUCUAUGUAAAUGUACAUUAAUGCUAGGAUGUUAUGCAGAUUCUUCAAAUAUAGUGCAAAAUUGGACCAAAAGUAGCUUUUAAUGUACACUUCUAAUACAUAUACUCUUUAUUACAGUAGGUACAUGCACAUGUACACAUGAUAUUUACCGUAACUAUUUUAAAUAGAAUGCAUGUGGCUUAGUCCAAAUUUAACUGCAAAAUCAUAAUAACUUAACAUGCAUAAGACAUUGGGUUAUUUUCACAACUAGUCCAUGUUUGGGUAAUAUUCGUGCUAUUGUAUUAAUUUUAUUGUAUUUAAUGUAUUAAAUGAAUCAAUUUACAAUACCCGAGACUUCCUGGUUACUUGUUAAUCUACUCUCUAAGCUCUCGAGUUAUACACUUUUCACCUCUUAUUCUAGAAAAUACCGGUAUUGAAAGUGACACUCAUGCCUUUUGUAAGAAAGAUAUUAUCACUCCAAAAAUUCCUUCAGCAUAUUUUGUAAUUUGUACAUGCAUAGAAGAACGGAAGUAUAAUUUACUUCCUACAUAAAAUUUAGAAUAUGUAUUGUAGCUACAAGCUGAAAUAGCAAUGAUUGGGAAGAUGUGUGGCAUGAAGCUGUUCAAUAGAAGGAAUACAGUUGCAAAAUUUACACAGAAUCAUGCAUUUUUUAAAUUUGCUCUUGGUACUAUAAUGUUUCCUGGGAUUUAGAAAAACAGAAUAAUUAACAUCUUCAGUCAGCCUGUGUACUAAAACUUUUGAUAGACUGUGAUAAUAGAUUUCCUUGUUUUUUUUUAGAUUUAUGUCUGUGCACCAUAAAUUUCUUAAAAAUACUCGGAAUAGCCCCCGCAUUUGUUAUAUUUCAUAGUGCAUUUUAUUUAUCAGUAGUGAUGAAACUUUAAAGAAUAUACAAAAAGCUAUUGAGAAGGAAGUUAUUGUAAUGAUCUUCACCAAAGUUAUUCCUGCUUGAAUGGUCUUUGAAAUACCCGAGGAAGCUUCAAAGUAGUGUACAUCAUGAACAUGUUUUUGUGUAGUAGAGGCAGAGCACUGUUUAAGUCCAUUCAUUGUUGUAUUAUUGUCAUUUUUUAUUUGUCUUUAUAGAUUCAAUUCAAUUAAUGUAUUGUCUUUAGUAUGUAUUGCUUGUGGUCGUCAAGAAAUCAUUCAGAGAAAAUUAAGCAUCUUCUAGAAUCAUGCUAUGUUGAUCUUUCAUGUCAAAUGAUACACCAGUUCUUUUAAUUUAUGUUGAAUUAUUCUAUAGAUUUUCACAAUGAAUGAAUAAAUAUAUUUUAUAAAGCACUGCAAGUAA